AUGUGCCGAACAGAGGGGGCAGGGGUAGAGGUGGCGGCGGGGGAGGCGGGGGUGGGGGAGGUGGGAGUGGAGGUGGGGCUGGAGAGGCUAGUGGCGGCAGUGGGGGCGGUGCCGGCAGCGGCUGGGGCGGUGGCAGGGGCGGGGGCGGCAGCGGGGGCGGAGGUGGUCGUGGCAGCGGCAGGGGAGGAGGUGGUCGAGGAGGUGGCGGCGGCGGUGGUGGUCGUGGAGGCGCUAGCAGCGGCCAGAGCCAGCAGCCCAGUCCGUCCCUCCAGGAGGCCCGUGAGUGGUACUCUCAGCACGGGGGGGGGUGGGCUUAGCUGCACGUACGUUAUCCGCACUGGUGACCGCACUGGUCAGACGUGUGGGAGGCCGCACCCCACGCAGCGCUGCUUCUCUCGCCUCGAUGACGCCUGGCGUGAUCAGUACCCUGAUGCCUCUGAGCUGCCCCGCUGGUUUGAUCUGCUGAAGAAUGGAGUUGAUAUCUAUGCUCUAGACUUUGAUGCUAUUCUCACUGCCAUGUAUGUGAUGUCUAUUAGUGGAGAGAGUGCUCAGUACCUGUGUGUUCCGCCCGACCCGGGCAUUCGGACCAGUGAGGCUGCCGCUCUAGGUGCUAGUGAGACUGCCACUCCAGGUACUCGCGUGUCUGCUACCCCAGGUGCUGGUGAGGCUGCUGCUCUAGCCGCUCGCUCGGCCAGUUGCUGUCUCCCUCGCUGA